AUGGUGCGUCUUGGAGAACUGGACUUAGCUUCCACCAAUGAUGGUGCACAUCCAAUAGAUAUUCCGAUAGCAGAAAAUCAUGCACGAAAAUCUGUAAAACCAAUAUGUCUGCCAACACCAAGUGAUGUAAGGAAUGAUGACUACGUUCGCAAAUUUCCAUUUGUCGCUGGUUGGGGAGCUUUACGAUUUGGUGGGCCUUCAGCUACUAAACUUCAAGAACUUCAAAUACCAGUGGUGACCAAUGAACAGUGCAAGGAAAACUACGCGAGCUUUAAAGCUCAGAUAAUCGAUGAACGGGUUUUGUGCGCUGGAUACGCCAAUGGUGGCAAAGAUGCUUGCCAAGGCGACAGCGGUGGGCCACUUAUGUUGCCAAUCAAUGAUAACCGAGACGGAUACCAUUAUUACCUGAUAGGUGUGGUUUCUUACGGAUUCAAAUGCGCUGAACCAGGAUUUCCUGGAGUCUAUACCAGAGUGUCACAGUUUUUGCCAUGGAUAGAAUCAAAGUUGCUUUAAUUGUUUCCCUUAUUAACUAAAA